UAGUUACAGAACUGCAGCUAAGAUGGCCGCUUCAAUCGGAAUUUCCUUCGGCGCCACUUCUGCGUGUCUGGCUACACAAAAGGAUGGCAAGGCUGAGGUUGUUGCAAAUGAAGACGGCCAGCGGGUAACCCCGGCUGUGGUGGCCUAUACAGACACUGAAAUGGUAGUUGGCUUAGCAGCAAAACAAGGUUGGAUUAGAAAUGCUGCCAACACUAUAACCAAAGUCAAGCAACUUCUGGGGAAAAAGUUUACUGAUCCAGACGUGGAACAUGCUUUGAAAAUAAGCUCCUGUAAGAUUGUUGAGAAGGAUUCCAACCCCAUGUAUGCAGUGAAGCAUGAUGGGAAGACAGAGCACUUCUCCCCUGCACACAUCACAACUCUGAUAUUUCGCAAGUUAAUGGAUAUUGCCCAGUCCAAGGAGACGAGUGCUGUGAAGAAUGCUGUCAUUGCUGUCCCACUGAACUUUGAUGAACAGCAAAAGAAUGGUAUAAGAAAAGCUGCGACUGAAGCAGGGUUCAAUGUGCUAAGAACCAUCCCGGAGCCUGUCGCUGCUGCUUAUGCCCACAAUAUUGGACAAGAAAGUUCCAAGGACAGCAGUGUUGUCCUGGUGUAUCGAGUCGGGGGGAGCAGCAUCGAUGGCACAGUUCUAGCUGUGAACGGAGGGAUGUACAGCGUGCUGUCCAGUGUCAGACGGGACCAUCUGGGCGGAGACCAGCUGAACAGCAUCAUAGUGGAUUACUUCGUACAGGAAUUUCAAAGAAAGUGGAAGAUGGACGUUAGAGAAAAUAAAAGAGCGAUGGCAAAGCUCCAGACAGAGGCAGAAAAGGCCAAACAGAUCCUGUCCACCAUGCCGAAGGCCAGCUGCCAUGUGGAGUCCCUGCAUGAAGGAAUAGACUUCCAGUGUGACAUCUCAAGGGCCAGGUUUGAGUCCAUCUCCUUGAGUCUGUUGCAGAAGUUCCUGGAACCAAUAGAGGAGGUCAUCUCUCAGGCACAGGUCAAGAAAGAAGCAAUCAAAAUGGUUGUGUUAUGUGGAGGGUCCACCAAGAUUCCGAAGUUACAGAAGCUGGCUCAGGAGUGUGUACCCCAUGCUGACGUCCUCAACUCUGUAGCACCGGAUGAAGUUAUCGCCAUGGGAGCAGCCAAACAGGCAGCCCUGUUGUCUGGAAAAGGAGAAGAGAACUCGCUGAAUGAAGCCAUUUCAGAAAUCCCCAGUACAGCAAGAGCUGUCAUGCUUAAGACCGUAGAUGACUCGGGAAGCCCAGUACUGAAGACGUUAGUGCCGGCACAUUCCCCCAUCCCUCUACACUGUCAGCACAGCUUCAAUGUCUCCCCACAACACACUGCCUGCUGUGUGGAGCUGUAUGAAGGAGACCAGGAGGAUACUGUGGAAAAAGCUGUGCUUUUAGCCAAGAUUGUGCUGAGUGACCUUCCAACUGGAGAGGAUGAUGUCAAGGUCGUCUCAGUUGCGCUUCACUUUCGAAGAGAGGGCAGUCUUCAUGUCACGUGUACAGAGAAGUCUAGUGGCCAGGCUGAUGAUGUCACCAUAGAAUGUGCGACAGAAUGAUCUACUGUUUAUCACACAUUUGGCGAAUAGACUCGUACAAAAGUGGGAAAUCUCUAUAACGUAAACUCGACUCGCACGUGUAAAAUGCUGAUCCACAUUGACGUCUACAGUAAGUUACCGGUAACUCAAGACAAAGAGC